GGUGAUGCUGAGAGCUGCCGGCUCAGACAACAGACACGCGAGGUCAGGAAGAAGCCGCUUAUAAAUUACUGCUUCCUUCGCGCUGCUGCCAGCGUUGAGCUCCGGGCCCUAGUUGCAACCCCGUUCGCUGGCGGUCGCCGAGCCCAGAGGACUGCGAGCUCGGAGACCCAGCCGCGCCGCGGAGCUCCGAGCGCGAACCCUGCGGGCCAGAGAUCCAGCGGGCAGGCGGACCCCGGUGAGUGGAAAGGAGCGCAGUGCCGCGGACGCCCCAGGUCCAGGACGACAGCCCUCUCUGAGGAGCCUCCAAACAAAGCGAGGAGGAGAUGGCCACCAAGGAGAAACUGCAGUGUCUGAAAGACUUUCACAAGGACAUCCUGAAGCCAUCCCCAGGGAAGAGCCCUGGCACGCGGCCUGAGGACGAGGCUGAGGGGAAGCCCCCACAGAGGGAGAAGUGGUCCAGCAAGAUCGACUUUGUACUCUCUGUGGCUGGCGGCUUUGUCGGCUUGGGCAACGUCUGGCGUUUUCCGUACCUCUGCUACAAAAAUGGUGGAGGUGCAUUCCUCAUACCGUAUUUUAUUUUCCUGUUUGGGGGCGGCCUGCCUGUGUUUUUCCUGGAGGUAAUCAUAGGCCAGUACACCUCUGAAGGGGGCAUCACCUGCUGGGAAAAGAUUUGCCCCUUAUUCUCUGGCAUUGGCUAUGCCUCCAUUGUGAUCGUGUCCCUCCUGAAUGUAUACUACAUCAUCAUCCUGGCCUGGGCCACGUACUACCUGUUCCAGUCCUUCCAGUCAGAGCUGCCCUGGGCGCACUGCAACCACACCUGGAACACACCCCAUUGCAUGGAGGACACUAUGCGCAAGAACAAGAGCCUGUGGAACACUCUCAACACCAGCAACUUCACCUCCCCUGUCACUGAGUUCUGGGAGCACAACGUGCUGAGCUUGUCUUCUGGAAUCAACAGCCCCGGCUCACUGAAGUGGGACCUUGCUCUCUGCCUUCUUUUCGUCUGGUUGGUCUGCUUCUUCUGCAUCUGGAAGGGCGUCAAGUCCACAGGGAAAGUUGUCUACUUCACGGCCACUUUCCCGUUUGCUAUGCUCUUGGUGCUGCUGGUUCGUGGACUGACGCUUCCCGGAGCAGGCGCAGGCAUCAAAUUCUAUCUGUACCCUGACAUCAGUCGCCUCGAGGACCCACAGGUAUGGAUUGAUGCUGGGACCCAGAUAUUCUUCUCCUAUGCCAUCUGCCUGGGGGCCAUGACCUCACUGGGGAGCUACAACAAGUACAAGUACAACUCGUACAGGGACUGUAUGCUGCUGGGAUGCCUGAACAGUGGUACCAGUUUUGUGUCUGGCUUCGCAAUUUUUUCCAUCCUGGGCUUCAUGGCACAAGAGCAAGGGGUGGACAUUGCUGAUGUGGCUGAGUCAGGUCCUGGCCUGGCCUUCAUUGCCUACCCAAAAGCUGUGACGAUGAUGCCGCUGCCCACGUUUUGGUCCAUUCUUUUUUUUAUUAUGCUUCUCUUGCUUGGACUGGAUAGCCAGUUUGUUGAAGUUGAAGGACAGAUCACGUCCUUGGUUGAUCUCUACCCGUCCUUCCUAAGGAAGGGUUUCCGUCGGGAAAUCUUCAUCGCCUUGAUAUGUAGCAUUAGCUACCUGCUGGGGCUGACGAUGGUGACGGAGGGUGGCAUGUAUGUGUUUCAACUCUUUGACUACUAUGCAGCUAGCGGCGUAUGCCUUUUGUGGGUUGCAUUCUUUGAAUGUUUUGUUGUUGCCUGGAUAUAUGGCAGUGAUAACUUGUAUGAUGGUAUUGAAGACAUGAUCGGCUAUCGGCCUGGGCCAUGGAUGAAGUACAGCUGGGCCGUGGUCACUCCAGUUCUCUGUGUUGGAUGUUUCAUCUUUUCUCUCGUCAAGUACGUACCCCUGACCUACAACAAAGUGUAUGUGUACCCGACCUGGGCCAUUGGGCUGGGCUGGAGCCUGGCUCUGUCCUCCAUGGUGUGUGUCCCCUUGGUUAUGGUCAUCCGCCUCUGCCAGACAGAAGGGCCGUUCCUCGUGAGACUCAAGUAUCUGCUGACUCCGAGGGAACCCAACCACUGGGCCGUGGAGCGAGAGGGGGCCACACCCUACAGCUCCCGCUCGACCAUGAAUGGCGCUCUCAUGAAACCGACCCACAUCAUCGUGGAGACCAUGAUGUGAGCUCUCUCGGGCCGACGGGCUGCUUUCCUGCUGUUUACUAACAUUAGAUUCUCAUAGGACCAGGUUUACAGAGCUUUAUAUUUGCACUAGGAUUUUUUUUAAUUGUCACAGAAAAUAUUACUGUGUGUGUGUGUGCACACGCGUGUGUGGUGUCGUGUGUAUGUGUAUUUUGUUUCGAUUUGGGGCUAUUUUGUACAAAAAAAAAAAAAAAAAAGCCCCGUGGGCAGAAGUCCGGGGCAAGGCAGAGCUUUCAUACUGAAUUAGAUGUAUUUUAUGGGGACUGGUAAAAUUUUCUUUGUAUUUUUUUUUUACAUAUAAUUAUAUAUACACUUAGAGAUUGUCAUAUACUUUUACCACUUGAAUUGAUCUUCUUGCCAGCAAUAGAUCUCAUUUUCAAAAGCAAUUCUUCGGUGCUUAUGUAGCUGGCAGAAAGUUCUGCCCCAAAAAACGCAGGGUGGAAUUUUCCGGGGACAGCAGACCCACUUUAAAGGUGCAGUACCUCCCAAACCUGGUUCAAGCAGGAGCAGCCAGUGGGGAGAGGGCACUACCCGCUGGCAGGCCCAGACCCAUCAGGGCUGGGGAAAGGGCUGAGAGGGGACAUCUCAUUACGCUUGUCGUGGCCAAGAAGAGAGAUGCCUGACUAACGAGCCCACCCCUCAAAUAAAGGCACUGAGUUAAAGCCGACAGGUGAGGCCCUAUGGCAAAAACCUGAUUCUAAGAGUGGUAGAAACCGUUGCGCCAAGAACAAAAUCCCACCUUUUACUUAGAGGUCAGUGGUGGGUGGUCAGAGGGACUGUCAGAGCCAGUCGCCAAGAUGGGCGGUGAGGAUGGGGCUCGGCGUUCAGGAGAACACUUGGGGGGCUGACCGCUCCACCGUCAUGCUUCCCGGGGCGUCCCAGGUAGAGACGGAGGCUGGCCCGACAGGAGCCGGCAGUCUUGGCCCAGCCUCACACGCUGGGUCUCUUGCAUCUCAGUGGGGUCAUUCCCCUUCUCUUGAAGCUGCCUGUAGGAGGGAAGCAGCAUGUAUUUGGUGAGGGACGAGGGGUGAGUGAGUGGACCAAAGGAUGUGGGCCCCAGGUCUUGGGGGCCUGGCGUUGGGAAAGGGUGCUUUUUCUCCCCCUCAUCUCUCCACCCUCAUCUCCCAGGGGCUGGGAAACUCCUGACAAGCUCUUGCUGAAGAUCCCAGUCCAGGGCCUCGCUGGCUCCUCACAGGGAGAACCAAGAGCGUCUUGGGAGGCUCACUGGAUAGUCGAACCCAGUGACGUGCCCCUCAAACUCUCCUCCCAGUUCAGUCACAAGUGCAACUCUUGGUAGACCUGGGAGAUAUGAGUCCUCAUUUCACAGCCCCUGCAGUAGCUGGUGUCAGAUAUGCACUCUCCGGGGGCCGAGGGGAGGCCGUGAGGGUGUGUUUUUUAGGAAGUUGGGGUUCAGGGGGCUGGCACCCCAGAACUGGCUCAACCAAGCGCAGCAUCCUCUCUGAACCAGAAGCGAAGGUACUCUACCUUUAACAUCCCGAGCGUGGACACACCUCCACCCUGGCCCCCAUUUGGACCUAAACUGUGCCAUUUAAAGUGACUUCCAAGUUCAGACUCUAAACUGAAAUGUCACAAAGGGCAGUGACUGCCUGUGGGGUGGGUGGGUGAAGCGUGAAGUCCACCUCAGGCUUUCAGAGCAGGGGCUCUCUGAAUCCUGGAAACCCCCUCCCCCAAAUUUGGGAGAAGGAGGAGCCUUUGGUGUCCCCCUCCCAAGGGGCAGAGGCGAUUCUGAACCUUCUGAACCUCUUGUCUUCGGUAAACUUUUAUAUUUCUCUCUUUCCAAAGCAUAUACUCUGCCAAACAACACCUAUUCCAAACCGUUCACAGUUCUAAUGUGUUCCUGUUUUCCUAUGUAUUUAUGGUUGCCUCUGUGUCUGAUUUGAUUUUAUUGUUUGUUUUUUCCCUUAAUUUUUACUGAGUAGCAAUGUGACCCCUUUUCCUCCGUCUUAUGGAAUUGUAUGCAGUAAACUAAC